AUGUCGAGCUUAGCUACUCAAGGGGAGAUGAACGGGCACAAGGUUAAGUCUCACCCGGCUCCAGAGUCUCGCGUGGGAGACGAGGGUACGUCCAAGAGGAACAUUACGCGCAAGGGAGGCGUGAAGGGUAAGAACGGUGGCGGAGGCGGCGGGCAGAAGGGCCGGUGGGACCCGACCGAGGACGGCAGCGAGGCCCAAGCGCGGGACGGCAUCGCGGACAAGGGGGACCCUAACUACGACUCCGAGGCUGACGAGCACGACAACAACUAUGUCCUGCACAGUUAUCGCUCCCAACGGCGUGUUCCGGGCCCUCUCCACACGCUGCCGGAGUUCAAGAGGCAUCUCAAGACAAUCAUUGAGGAGUACUUCCUGUCCGAGGACAUCAGCGAGGUGCUCCGUUCGGUGAAGGAGCUCAAGUCCCCCGCCUACCACUACGAGAUCGUGAAGCGCGGCAUCAACAUGUCCAUCGACGCCAAAGACCACGAGCGGGAGCUGGUGUCGAAGCUGCUGUCGGACGCCUACCCUGACAUCCUGUCCUCCCGAGAGGUGUGCAAGGGCUUCGAGAGGCUCUUCGAGAUGAUCGACGACAUACAGCUCGACGCUCCCAAUGCGAGGACAUUGGUGGCAUCAUUCUUGGCUCGUGCUGUGGCGGACGAGAUCAUCCCCCCCUCCGUGUUGCGUAAUGCUGCCUUCCUGAGCCUUGGGGGCGAGAUCGUCAAGGGAGCGCGGCGCCUGCUUUCCAGGGACCACGUUCUGUCUAGGCUGGAGCACGUCUGGGGGCCCGGAGACGGUCGCCCCGUGGAAGAGCUAAAGGUGGCAAUUGACCAGCUGCUGGUGGAGUACCUCUUGUCGAGGCAGCAGGACGAGGCCGCCGCAUGCGUGAAGGAGCUGGACUGUAGUCUCUUCCACCACGAGAUAGUCAAGCGCGCUGUCAAGGCGGCUCUCGACAAGACGGACGAUGACCGCACGGCGAUGUCUUCCCUGCUGGCCUACCUCAACAAGAACGAGGUCAUCAGCGACGAGCAGAGCAAGAAAGGGUUCGACAGGCUGCACGAGAUCUUGCCGGACCUCGUCCUCGACACGCCCGCUGCCCCAAGCUUGCUCACCAAGUUCACGCAGCAGGCCAUAUCUGACGGCUGCUUGCCGGCCGACUACAAGCCGCCCCCGACCCCAUCUCCCUCCCCUGCCGCGGAAAAUGGGAAGCAGGGUGCUUAGACCUACCUGCAUUAGUCUCUAGUCUAGCCUAGCGUUCGACGUAGCCCACACACCAAAAGAUUCUCCGCCCUUCCCGUGUAUGUUUGCGUCUCGAGCAGUGGGCCCCGCACGCCAGCCAGCCUUGGUAGAACGAACAUGAGAGGGGGGCGGGCCAAAGAAUCUCAAUGAUAAUCUCUACGUUGCUAUUGAGGGUGAGGAAAAAGGAGGAGGAAUACCCAGGCGUUUGGGAAAGGAGCGUUGGUCGGCGAAGGAUGACUGGUGCUCGGUGUGCGACAACAAAAUGUGGAGGUCACUGCGGUCGAUGCGGGGUGGAAUGAAAGCUGGAGGUCGUAGAUGGUUUGGUGGCGGGUGACGUGCGCGCUGGACGUGUGUAUGUAUGGGGUGCAUAGUGGCGUUGUGGCCCUUGCCUCUCUUGCCUCAACCACGGGCGGGGGUUCUAUACGCGAGUGUCCGGCGUUCCGUGUCUAUCGCGUUUCUUUCAGAUGAUCUCGUUGGCGUGAGAGAACGGCAGCGUGCGCUGGUUUGCGUGGUAGUUGGGGUGAACAACGCCGGCAGAGAGAUGGGAACGGACGGCCGAUGGCGGGGGCACCGUUAUAAUGUACAGAGUUAGAUCCGUGUGGCUUGUGUGUCGACGCAACAUGUCAGAAAUUAUAGUAUCAAGCGUG